AUGUACGACCCAGAUUCAUUAUUGGAAUUAAUUUCGGCAAUACCAACACUUGAGAAUUUAUCACUUGACUCUGGUUCAUUCGGACAUUUGAAUUUUACAUCACCGGCUUUAUCAAAUUUGCGUUACUUUUGCUUUGGAAAUGAUGAUGAAGAAUUUGAAGGAAUUUCAAGUAUUAUUGAAAAAUCAAAAAACACUUUAAAAUUCAUUGAAAUUAAUGCUUGGUUUGAACCGAGUGAAGGCUUACAAGAUGUUUUUGAGCCGGUCAAAGAUACACUGGAGGGACUAUUUACGAGGCUUUUUACUAAACAAGUCACCAAAAGUGUUACAGAUUUGUCUUUUCCAAAGCUAAGAGUCAUCAAGACCGGAUGCUAUGAUGACAUCACUUCAGAGAUUGAUUGGUUACAAGCUCCAAUGUUGAAGAAUGUUAGAACGAUUGUGCAGGACGCAUACAGUACUAAAAUUUAUUGGGGAAACGCUUUGAGAGCUGCUGGGGUGAAUGCUUUGAAGAAAGUACCUAAUUUUAAACACAUAGUCUGUACCGCCAAUCUGGACAGCAAAUACCGUGAAGAUUCUGACUUUAUUCAUCCUGAUUUGUUUGAAUUGUUCAAAUCACAUGGAGUUCAAUGUCAUGUCAGUCCUAAUUUGACAGCAGAUGAAAUUAUGCUCACUUUCAACCAACAUGUACAUCCUCAUUCCAAUUCAAUUGCAAUUCAAGAGAAAUGUUCAUAUAAAGCUAUCAAGGAUACUCAGCAAAUGUUUGCCAGCACCUUGCUUAGCAUCAAGAACCCUUUGAGUCGAGCUUGCUUCUUUCAAAUGACUUGGAACUUUAUUUCUGUUCAAUUUCAAAGACAGAAAAUGACAGUUGUAAAGGCAUUGUGA